CAGUAGUCAGUUGAGUUUUAGAUGUUGAACGGUGAAAAUCAGAAGGACGGAAAGCGUUUCUAAGUUGCGAAUAAAAACAUCAAUAAAAUAGAAGUAGUUACCAACAAAAAAUAAUAAGUGUUGAAAAAAAUAACAAAAAUGUGUUCGGAAUGAUGCUGGUUGGAACCAUUAAGUGUAGUGAAGUGGACAAAUGCACGCUACAUACAUAUAUAUUGCAAAUUAAUAGUGGGGGCAUAAUUUAGUGUUGUAACGGUAAAAUAUAUAAAUGUUCUUGCUCUAACAUUCAUUAACAUUUGACUCUUAAUAAUUGUUUUGUUUUAAUAUAACUUAUUAUAUAUAUCAAUCUACAAUAAAUUCAAAAUUAAGCGUAAAAUAAAUAACAGUUAUAAAAAUAUAAAAAAAUAUUAAUUCCCAAAAUAAAUGCCAUAGUUAAAGAGUUCAAAGAACCUUAACGAAAGUAGUGAUAAUUUUAGGCCAUUGCAUGCCAAUAUUCUACAGCAUUCCAUCGGCUGCUCUUUACCCCGCUCCCUGCAACUUACACUGAUUUUGCCUGCGUGCCUGCCGGAUAUUCACGCAAAAGCAAGUCAAUAAGUAAACAUAUAAACCCCGAACUGCGCGAGCAAAGAGACUCACAAAACUCUACACUGCGUGGUCAGUCAUCCUAAAAACAAUAAAGUUGAAUAUUUGUGUCCUGUUAUUUUGCCAAUGCAGUGCAAGCGUGCGUAAUACUCUUUUAGUGGCGUCAUAUUUUGGAUAGCUUCGCGUCAAUGUUCCAGCAACAAAGUUGGCAGCUGUGAGCCAAGAAAACGUUUAACUGUUGGCGUUCGUUGCUCAAUUUGGUGGAAUUCGCUGUGAUUUGAUUAUGGCUAAGGAGUCAACGUCGACGCGCAUACCUCGCCUAGAUGGCGGCUCACGCAUUCCCUUGCCGGGCAGCUUGCGUCCGCCCAGCUCCAGCGCACACAAUGUCACUGGGCUGGCAGCACGUACAUCGCAAAUUCUUCAGCGUGCGUCCACAGUUGGAUUUCCACAGAAACGUCCAUCAACAUUGGGUGGCCUGCGGCCGUCCAUUGUGAGCGCGACCGCUUUGAAACGUAGCGCUUCUGGGGAUCACAUCACGAACGCAAUGAACUUGGUUACCAAGAAAACCACCACAGCGUUCAAGAAAUGGAUGGGCAAGUCGGAGAAAAUGCCGCCGCCGCUGCCUACGCAAGUUCAUAAAACACACGUUCCGGCACAGUCUAAAAAUAUACGAAAACAAGCGUCGCAUGUGAAAGCGCCGGUUGCAGUUGUGCCUCCCGCGACGGAUUAUUUCGCCACACCACGUCCGCUCACGCGUUCCGACACAUUUGUGCGCACCGAUAAUCCCAACGACAUAACACAAUUCUCACCAAGUUUACUAACACAAUCGACGCCUGCACCGCCAACAAAUGGGGCGCUUACAACUACACGCAUUAUCCGUCCCCCGGAUAUUAACGAGAUAACGAAAUUACUUAGCAACAAUUCCCGACAUGCUCUAUAUAAUACCCAGAGUUUGGACAGUAGUCACCACAAUCCAGCGACGCAAUUCGGCGAGACCUUUGAAGCGAACAACCAGCGCACAAUGCUACUUGAUGAGGCGAAGAACGAUGUGACCAUUAGCCUUAAUAACCAAUACUCGCCGAAUGCAACGCAAUUAAUAAAACCCAACUUGACAGCUACGUUUAAUGCACCCGCUUUGCUGGGUCAAACUAUGAAUGUAGUCUCAGCAUCGGAGACUUUUACGUCUAAACCACAAUUGAUCUCAAACGAAACCAUUCUCUUCGACACCACAGCGUCCUUGGGUAGCACGAAAAUCGUAGACUCGGCUGAUGCCAUCUCUCCAUUGACUAACGCUACUUACUCUAACCCGGACUCGUUGGAUAAUCUUCAACUAUUAGAAGAUGUGUCUGCACCGUCGGGUUUCUUAGAGAUGGACCUAACGUUACAAUCAGAUGGCGCAAGUGAUCACGAAAAGACACGCGAUAAUCUGUUGGAUUGCACAGUUUCUUCGGAUAACGAUGACAUGAAUAGUACUUUGAAAGCGCUGGCGCCAGAAAAAGCUCACAUGAAACUGCCACUUAAUUCCACAGUGAAUUCGGAACGAUUGCUUGAUCUCACUAACACCCUAUCGCCGUCUAGACAACAAAUCCAUAUGUUGAACAUGACUAAAGAUUAUUUGGAGCCCUCAUUUACGGGAUCACGAAAUACCAGCCAACUGCUUUAUAUGACACAACACCAAUAUACCGGCUCAGAGCAUAAUACUCCGGAAUACAAUCCGAUAAUGAAAUUCCAAGAUCGUACCCAUCUACUUUCCUCACCGCUAAUAUCACUCAAAGGCGCACAAAGUGAUUUGGUGUUGCCCACGUGCACACCCGAAGACGAGCCUUUAAGCGUGCCGAUGAAUAUGGAUGCAAAAACCUUGCUUGCUAUGGGUGCGCAUACGACCGAUUUUUAUACAGCGCGAGAUGCUAAUCAGCAAACGGUGGUUAGCUGCGCAUCUUCCCUGCAAGAUGUGAACAACCCGAGUGCUAAGCAAAAAUCUCGGUACUCAUUUGGGCUGGACCUUACGGAGUCCACACUUGAUUGCUCGAUUGACUUGGUGGAUGCGUCACUUUCGUCCAACGCGCCUGGCCAUCCCACUGCCAACAGCUCCAUGGCUGCGCACUCACAGUCAUCUUCGUUUCAGGCGCAACAGCAGCAACAACAGCAACAGCAGACAUUGCGGCGACAAACGUCCUUCGAAUUGGAUGAAAGUUUGGGCAUUUUGACCCCCGACCAAAUGAAGGAAUUUCUUGACUCCACCAACACUAACAACACAAACAACUUGGAAUUGCCUCUAUCACAUAAUGGCAAUAAAAUGGCAAUGCAUCAUAUGCGAAUUGAUCAAACGCCAUCGCCGGAGGAACUGCCACUGGAUCCGGUUGAGGUAAAGACUGAUAUGACAGAACUUUUGUUGUCACAACAACAGAAUCAGUCGAAUAUUUGUGAAUCGGCGCUGAGUCUGCAACAUCAACAGCAGCUGCAGCAGCGUCAACAACACCUACAGCAACAACAACAAUUGCAGAGUAGCUCAAUUAGUACAGCUGAGACGAUCUCCACACAUACAGACAUCGACGUUUCCUCCAAAACAUCGGAUGCAAUGACGAAGUCGAAUGUUUCGAAGAUUUCGACCAGCUUCAUCACAAGUGUCACUAGUGUCACCAGCUUGGAUACCGGCUAUCAAGGCGACGGUGAAAUGUCACGACCAGCUUCGCGUGGCGCUUGUGAUCAUUCGCCGUCCAAUGGUCCGGCGGCUCGUAAAGGUGGCCACGUCUCACGACAGCCCAGUUUUAACCAACAACUACAACAGCAGCAAAUGCCAUUGGUGCGACGACAAGAUCCCAUGACUGACUCUGACUUUUUUACAGAAUCCGAUGCCGAUGACAUAUUUCAUCGUGGCGAUCGUCGCGCUCAAGUUAUCGACGGACAAUUAUAUGGGCCAAUGCAUCAGCCAGCGGCCUCCGUAUUCAUAUCUGAGGAUCCCGAAGAUUCUUGUAUGGAAUCAUCGGGUAUAUUCACAGACGUUGAGAAUCGGUGCGAAGAUGAUUUGGCGCAAAUGCGGCGUCAAGAUACGCAAGAUGCAAUUUUGGAUAUGUCACCGGAAGGCGAUGGCGACUCCACGGAAACAGUGAAGAGUAAUCGAGAAGCCAAUAAAAACGCCAUCAACAGCGAACGCAAUGCUAACAAAAGUGAAAUUAUGGCUGCUGGCGACGUAACUGUAAUUACAACGAUGCGACAUGGUGCUGCCGCAACACUCGGCCAAGGUCAAUUGAGUAGCAGCCAAACAUCUUCAACAAUACAUAGCAGUAUGAGCACCGAUCGUCUCUCAGCAGCUACGCUCUCCAAUCGCACUUCAUACUGCAGUGUCGACGGCAACACCAUCAAUGCAGACUGCAAGAGCUUUUCCUCACUGGAAGAAGCUUUCGAUGAGAGCACAUCAGCGCUGAACAUCACCGAUACCCUCAACAACACAAUACUCAGUCCAGCAAGUGCCGAGCAAGCCAGACGAUCGCGCCUCUCCACAACUGGAAACGACGGCGGUGGCGUCAACAGUCGUUCUGGCGAUGAAUGCUCGGCCAGCGUUGAAAGCCAACAGCACGAGUCAGUGCUGAAAGUUACACCACCGCGUAAACACGCGUCGCUAACUUCGCUCUCGACAGUCGCGGCUAAUAACGCGACAUUUUAUGGUGCUAAAACAGAAAACGUGGGAAACAAAUUCACACACGGUUUAUCGGGAGCGCGUGGUUCCAUACUCAUUGAAAGGGAAACGCAUUCGGAAUCGGGCACAGCAGGCACAAAAGCAGCUUGCUGCCCCUCCACGUCAUCCUCGACAACCUCGCUGUCUGUGGACAAUCAAAGCAACAAUAACAAAAACAUACAUCGCUCCGCAUUAGAGGCAGCCGUUGCAGCUGCCGUGAAAGCCACAAACGCCGCGUGUGGCACCAACAAGCGUACGCCGCGUACGACGAAAUUCGCGUCCGCGCGUAACUCGCCGAAGCAACGCACAUCAACCGGGUCGGUCGCGAGUGUAAGUGAUAUUGGCACGCCAACAUUAAAUGUGCGCAAAAAGCAGACUCCCAAUAAAUGGGAAGCAGUGAUGAAUAAAAUUGAAAGCAACAAAGCGUUACCAAAAAAGAAUUUGAAAGAAGUGAAAUCAAGAGUGUCCACAAUACUACGCCCCAGCAAUGGGGUAGGUGCUACAGGUGAUGCCGGCAGCAAUGCCGCUACAAAUACGCCGACAAUGGCGGGGCGGUUGAGUGGCGGCGCGGUGCUGGGACGUUCCAGCGCCACCUCUACGCCGCUAAUACGUCGUUCGCCCAGCUCAACGGCGGCAAGUGGUACGAUGAGUCCGCGUACGAAUGGCAUGUUGUUGCCGCUGCGGCCAUUGGAUAACGGCACUCAACGGAGCAAUAACGGCAGUCCCAUAACGACGCAACAAGUGUCAAAGCGUCUAUUUCAAGGAGUUGCUGCCAAGCGUGGUCGCUCGUACAGCAAAGACAGUCAGAAGAGCUCGCAAAGCGAUCUGAGCAUGGCAAGCGCUGGUGGCGGUUCUCCGAAGCUUUUGGCUAAAACUCCGUUGCGAGCAGCCAAAAAGCGUGAUGUACGUAACCUGAGUAUAUCACCGACGGAUUUGGGACCGCCACCCAAGGCACAGCAGACAGCGAAAAGUACGUCGACGCGGCUCAAACCAACGACCAUCUCCUUGACUCAAAAACGUUAUCCUUCACAAAGUGUUUCUGCCACACCUUCGACCACAUCUACGGCAGUUAGCACGCCCACAGGAAGUGGCGGUGGAAAUUUGAAAGUGAAAAGUCCGCCAACAGUGAAAAAAAUUGUUAAAGAUCAAAAUCGUGGUAUUGGCACUGCGACUUCGAAGAAUGUCAAACAUGCGGACACACCAACAGAAUUGCAUGAAAUCAACCACAAUAACAAUAACAGCAUCACAACAACAUUAACAAAUGGUACAACAACAACAACACGCACAAGUUCACAAACCCCCUCACCCAUACUAGGACAUCAUGGCAAGAAGACGUCAACAACGCCGGCGUCUGCCGCCAGUGGUGUCACAGUCAGCGGAACGCUGCUGGAAAAGAAAACACAGUCGAAAUUCCUGCCGUCGCGUGGCAAGGCGUUGCUACAAAAGUCACACCAACAACAACGCUCCGCCGAGGAUACACCUGUGUCGGCAGUCGGUGCCGCCGCGGAGCGAUUGGAUGCGGCGGAACUGCAGCGUCUGAAGUAUUUGAACCGACACUCGUGUAACGGUCGACUGGAUUAUGAAGCGAUCGAGCGGCACCUGGAGCAGACGGAAUUGCAGGAAGCGCAACGCAACAAAAGCAUCGAGGUGCUGGGCGUGUUGCUGCAGUACGCGGUGCAUGAUUUGGAUGCUUUCGCCUGCCCACGUGUCAAGGCUGAGAAGGAGAAAAUACAAACUUAUUUAAGCACAACUCUGAAGCUGCUGGACGAAGCCAAAUCAAACUGUUCUCGUCUACAGGAUCAGCUAUGCGACAAAGAGGGUUACUAUUCGCAGCGCGAGGAAGACCUGCAGGCGCUGCACCGCUGCGAGAUAGAGAAGGCACAAACCAGUCUCUCCGAUUACCAAGCUUUCGCACAGGAGAAAUUCGCAGCGCUCGAGUCACAAUUGGAGGCACAAUCUGUGGAGCAUAAGCGUACGCUCGAUUCGUAUCGCCUAGAAAUGGACAAUAAGCUCGCACAAAGGCAGCAACAGCUUGAUGAAGCCGAACAACGCGAACUCAAGUUGAAAGAGCGCUUCAAUGCAUUGGCGAUUUCCGAGCAAGAGUUGCGUGAAAAAUUGACAAGCACUGAAAAUGCCUACGCGGCACGUUUGCAAGCGGCCGCAGAGCGUGAGAGCGACUUGAACGAGCGUGUGAAGUCGCUGACCAAGGAACUCAAUGGACUGCGCGCUUCUAAUGAGAAUAGGGAACGCGAGCUGCGCGAUAAGCUAAAUCUGUCGCAGGAUGAGAUUUCGGUUUUACGAUCCUCACAGCGCAGCUUUACCGAGAGCCUGGAUCGCAGCAGCGGCAUUAGUUCACCGCGCAACUCUAGCAUGUCGGAGCUGGCGCGUCUGCAAAGUGAAGCUGAUAGCUUGCAUUGCGUGCUGGAGUUGAAGCAGAAGGAGAUUUCCAAGCUAACCAAACACAAUGAGGAGUUAAUGCGUGACGCUGAGGAGCGUGGCGUGUUGCAGGGCAAAAUAUCUUUGCUUGAAUCAAGCAACGAGAUGUUGAAGUCAGAGCUGGAUAUCAAGUCGGAGAAGGAGAAGGACUUCCUUCGUCAAAUCAAUGACAUGCAGAAAGCUUACAACCAUGAGAUGGUCAAACGUAAACGUCUUAGCUAUGAUAAUGAGCAACUCCAAUGGCAGCUGAAACAACGCUCCGAACAGUUGCAUAUUGUAGAAACAAAAUUACACGAGCUCUCAGCUGUGGAAUCCAUAAAUCAAUCCAGUAUUGGUUCCUUGAGUCGUUCGCAGUUGAUGAACGGAUCCUCACUGAUCAAUAUACAAAUGGAAGAUAUCUCUCCACCGACUUCGCCUGUGGUCAAAGGUGUUAUUGAGAAGCCGGAUUCCGUAUCGUGGGUGCUUGAAAUGGACGACGAAACACCCGAAGCGGCCGCGUCAAAGAUGGUUAAACGUGCCGGUUCAUUCCGUUCGGUCGAGCGUAGUCCUUCGACACGCCGUCAAUUGUCUGGCUGCUCUAGCGCCAUAAAUACAUCACUGAAUAGUGUCGGUAGCGGUCCCACUUAUGGCAAUGGCAAUAGUAGUGUGGGUCCCAACCCAUUAUCCCAGUCGAUGUCUGCCACUUCAGUGAUAAGACAACAUUCCAGCGAUGGGCGACACGAGUUCAGCAAUCGUUCGCACUCGCGCAUACGCUCGAAGUCAGUGAGUGUAAAGAGCACCGAACCGACACAGGGUGGCACUGGCGCACUCAAUACCGGAUCGGUAGGCACAAAAAGUGGCAAAAGGCUAAUGCGACAAAGUUCAAGCUCUAGUGCACGAAAGCAGCAUCAACUAGAGUUGAUCAAUUGGAAAGAACCGAUCAGUUCGAGUUCACCGCAUGCCAAUACAAUACGACCACGAACAUCAACAAUGUGCUCAGAAGUGUCAGAAGAGUCAGUUGCACACGAGGAUUCCCUCUUUCAACGCACUCCAAUAAGCGGCACAACCACGCGAAAGCUCAUCACAUGCGACACAUCAAAAUUGAACUCGGGCGAGCGUUUAGACAUGCAAUCGCUACCCACUCACGCAUCCGUACAUGAUCUUAAAAAGAAAUUCCAUGAGAUACAGGAAUCUGCAGGCGAAGCUAUGGUCUCGGGCACUAACUCCGAGGACGAAGGUUGCUCCGCAUCCUCCGAUGAAAUUGUUUGCUCAGUAUCGACCUCAUCAGCCACCACAGGCUCCACUUCAUCACUAAAGAACUCACAUAUGUCACUGGAAGAGGUUUUGCUUUUGGACAAAAUUCACAGUCUAAACGGCACACCGAUGGAAGUUAGCUGGUCCGAUGAUCCAGAGGUCUUCACAAACGGCUCAACGGUAUGACAAGACGAAGUAGAGGAAUUAGAAGAACAAGAUGAAGAAGACGAUAGCUUCUGAAUCGGAACCAGAAUUUUUAAUGUUGGAAUUUGGCCGUUUUCAGCCGAAUCCCACGGGCUAACCGCCAACUAAAAGUUAGAGAGAGGGUAGGAAAAUUAAUUUUUAAUGAAAAGUAAGCAAAAACGAAAUGAAAGCCGAUUAGAGGUUAAACACAAGUUGCGACUAUUUUACUGCUAAAGUACUCACGUUUCACCAGCUGUAGGAAGGUGUCAACAUCCAUGGUUGGAGGAAACAUGAAUACAUUGGUGGUAGAAGAGCGCACUACGUUUGGUUGAAAAGACUGGCCAAGAGCAUGUGUAUUUGUAUGUGUAGUGAUGUGAAGUGAAAGUGGGCGCUCAAUAGUAGCCCAGUUGGUCAGCGAGGAAUGCGCAGAGCGCAGAAUAUAUGUAUCUAUAGUUAACCUUAUUUUACUUUGUUUAAAUGAAAAAAGAGGAAAUAAUGUACCGUUACCGAUUUAUUUGUCAUUUUCAAUUCGUGUACAACAAAGAGCAUAAUAUUAAAUGAUAAAAAAUGAGAAUUUCGCUUUCUUAAGAUAAAUUUAUAGCAAACGGAUUAAGAGCUUUGUGUGAGAAAAGUGCAUUUUCCGCUUUGUUGUUCGCUAAAAUGAAAAUUAAAAAAUUAUAAAAAAUCAAUUAUCGGCAACGAGUUUUGUAUUCAAAAUUCACUAUUAGCUAAUAUUUGAAAAUGGAAUGAAAAAUAUUUUGAGUAUACCACCUAUAAAGGAACAAGACAUGAAUUUGUUACAAAAA